AUGAGCGAGGAACGAGCUGCGGUGCUGGCAGAGGAGCGGGAAGUGCUGCAAAGCAUAUACGUAGACGAACUUGAAGAGAUCGACGAGGAGAACCUGAGAAUACGAGUGGAUCCUGAGGAAGGAUUGUCGGGACCAGCAGGUCAGGAAGGCGAUGCAUUGGAGCCGCCCACAUUGGCUUUGAACAUCAAAUACACCCAAAAAUAUCCUGAGGAAGCUCCGGAGAUGAGCAUCGAAUGUAUAGGCGGGAGUGUGCCCGAGCAGGGCAUUCAAGAGAUGCAAGCCGAAUUGCACACCACUGCCGAAGAAUCUCUUGGCAUGGCUAUGGUCUUUGCCCUUGCUUCACAGCUCAAAGAAUCCUUGACAGCAUACAUUGCUCGAACGAAACAAAUUGCAGAGGCACAGGAACAGGACAGGAGGAAUGCGGAGAUAGAGGCCGAGGCGGAAAAAUUCAGAGGUACUGCAGUCACCGCGGAGCGCUUUGAGGCUUGGAGGGUAACGUUCGAGAAGGAGCAAAAAGAACUAAAGCAGAAAGCCGAUGAAGAGUACGUCAGAUCAACACUCAAGACCGCUAAAGAACGCGAAGAAUACCGCAAGCUGGCAGCGAGGCCAACUGGCAAAGAGCUCUUCGCGAAAGGCGGUCAGAUGCACGAUGAUAAGGCUGAGGCUGAAGCUGAGGAUGUGGAGGGCAAUGAGGUCGAUUAUUCCUUGUACUCUCGGGAAGAGCGAGAGCGGCAGAGGCGCGAAGAGGAAGAACGAGCAGAGCGAGAAGCGCGGGAGAGACUUCAUGAUAGCGACGACGAAUAA